GUGAUGUCAGCGGAAGUUUCGGGAAAUGUGAGGAAAGCGGUCCGUCGCCGAACACAGACCGUCGACGUCGCGUUUAGACGUGUGAAGGGGUAAAAUAAACAUUAGAUAAUUCGACGUUUUUGGAAAUCAUGCCACCAGGUAAGAAUUUUAGGAGGAGGAAGGAGGAAUCAUCCGACGAGGAAGACGAUGAGACAAAAGCUGUGGUCAGGUCCAAACUGGAUGAAGCCAAGGAGCUUCAAAGUUUGCGAAAAAGGCAGCAUGGAGUAAGCAUUGCAACGUUACUUGUAGGAGAGAAGCUUCCUUUGGAGGCUGAGCUUGAGGAUGACCCAUUUAAACUGAAGACUGGAGGUGUUGUUGACAUGAAGAAAGUAAAAGACAGAAACCGAGACAUGACAGCAGAUGAAAACGACUUGAAUCUUGGUACGUCCUUUUCUGCCGAGACUAACAGACGAGAUGAAGAUGCGGAUAUGAUGAAAUACAUUGAGACUGAAUUAAAGAAAAAGAAAGGUAUGGUGGAAGCGGAAGAGCAGAAAGUGAAGAUGAAGAAUCCAGAGGACCUCCUGUACGAGCUUCCAGAGAACAUCCGUGUCAAUUCUGCCAAAAAGACAGAAGAGAUGUUGUCCAAUCAGAUGCUGAGUGGAAUUCCAGAGGUGGAUCUGGGGAUAGAUGCAAAGAUAAAGAACAUCAUCAGCACAGAAGAAGCCAAAGCAAAGCUGCUUGCUGAGCAGAGGAAUAAAAAGAAGGACAGCGGGACCUCCUUCGUUCCCACUAACAUUGCCGUGAAUUACGUCCAGCAUAAUCGCUUCUAUCAUGAGGAUGUCAAUGCUCCCCAGAGACGACAUAGAGAAGAACCCAAAGCCAGGCCACUACGUGUAGGAGACACUGAGAAGCCAGCACCUGAAUCUUCACCACCCAAUUUCCGCAAGAGGCCAAAUAACGAGAAGGCCACAGAUGACUACCACUAUGAGAAAUUCAAGAAGAUGAACCGACGAUACUAAUCCUCCACCUUUGCUACACUUUUUUUUUUCUGUAAAAUGAGAGAUGUAUAUAUUUUUUACUGUAUUUAAAAUGUCUUCAUAGCUUGUAUGCAGUCAUACGUUUUACAAUAAAACUUCCCCCAAACCUU